AUACAAGAGUACCCCCGAGUUCAUGACUUGUAUCAUAUUUUAUUUUCCGUCCUUUUCAUCUAUUGAUUUCUAGUAUGGUUUCUGUGUUUCUUGUUUCCAGAUGCUCGGACGCAAAUCUGAUAGACAUUCCAGUUGAAGUAGAGACGCCUGAUCGUCACUAUUAUCAUCUUGCUCUAUUCACAAACAGAAACGUGAAUGCAUACGAGGAAUUUACAUGGGACUAUGGUAUUGACUUCGAUGAUCAUGAGCACCCCAUUAAAGCAUUUAAUUGUUGUUGUGGAAGUCCCUUCUGCCGUGAUAAGAAACAAAAAGGAACUAGAUUAAACGCACUCAAGGAGAUACAAGCCACACAGACGGAGUAGCUAGUUGGUGGCACUUUGGCAUUCUUUGUUCGCAGUUUGUUUUCAGGUACCACGUACCUGCUGAAGGUCAGCAGUACAAGUUUUCAAGUAUCUUAAUAUGCUUGCUGGAGCAGCGAAUGCUGGUCAUAUAGACGAUUUCUUUCCUGCAAAUACUUAGUUAGGGAAACAAAUUAAGGAGAAGGUGAAUUUGUAUGCGAUUACUUGAA